GGGACUACACCAUCUCACUUAAUCACCAGUUAAAAUGGAAACUGUAUAAACGUCUUCAUAGUUAUUGUCACCAUACUGAACAGAUCAUGGCCAGUAACGUGGCAUUACCUCAGUGUAGAGUUUGCCAGACUCCGUACAAGUUUGGAGGUCCGGCCCCCUACCUACUGCCAUGUCUACACUCCGUGUGUAAAGCGUGUUUGGAUUCAGACAUCGACGGCACGAUGUCUUGCUCGAUUUGCCGAGAAACCUUCUUUAAGACCGUCCGAGCCAAGGACGCGGUCACGGCCCGAGCUGUGUUUCUGGCAACAGCUAGCCAAUCUGCCGCGGAACUGUUUUGCACCAACAGGGAUGACGGUAACCAAGCCAUAUCGUGGUGCCAGGAAUGUGAAGCGUUUCUCUGUCACGACUGCAUGACAUCCCACUCUGAAAACAAGUCAAGCAAGGACCAUUCAACGGUCUCCGUUGAAGAUCUGGUGAAGAUAGGCAAAGAUUACCGACGUAAGCAGCAUUGCCAGGAACACACGACCUACCCAUUGGCAAUGUUUGACCACGACUGUGACGAGCUGCUGUGUCUGGCAUGCAGAGUUCAAGGUCAUAAAGGAUGCGAUGUGGGAUCUAUACAAGAGGUAUACAAUUUCCUGAAAGGGCAGACUUUACCUGAGUACAUUUCAAAGCUGACUGAAAAGAUGGCAGCGAACAACGCUACUGAAAUUGCUCUGACGGAAUUUGAUGCGGAACUGGAGAGAAACCGUGCCCGAAUGAAGGUGUCGAUCCGACACACGUUCCAGGAGCUCCACGAGAUGCUGCAGCAGAGGGAGAAGGAGAUCAUCCAGCGUCUGGACAAAUGCCUGGAUAUACAGAAGAGGGAAAACUCUGAAAGUCUCGCUGAAGUUCGGCUGAUGACUGAGAGGUGUGACACAGUUCUGGACUUCAACCAGAGGUGUCUGGAUCUGUCCACACCAUCGGAUUUAUUCAGUAUGAAGAGGAACAUAGAAGCCAGGACAACCGCUUGUACUCGGGUCAAGCUGCCGUUUGUAAGAAGCACGGAUUCUUUGCCCACCUUUACAAAGAAUUGGUUAGAGGAUGUCAAGGCAAAGGUUGCCGCAUAUACUUGUGUGUCUGGGGACUAUUUACCAAUGGACGGAUUAGAAGAAAACUUCCCUGAUGUUGCAACAGCUCAGCGUUACAGGAGGGAAAAACAGCUUCAACACUGGAGGGUAGAGCUUCAGAAGGUGGAGGCUGACAUGACGGAGCUACAGCUGGUGUAUGACAGAGAUUUGAGACACGCCACAGAGUUGAGAAAGAACCUAGAGGUCGCACCUCUCCGUCAGUUCAUAUCCAGCGUGCUCAAUCCUUUCAGAUCACGGAGAUCACAAAGCAUUGCUUCAUAACAGUUAACACGCACAGGAUGCAGGAUGAAUGGAAAGGGUAGAAGCUUUCGUGAAUGACAAAGGCUACAACGGAAUAUUCCACAGACGGACAGGCAGAUGACUCUUUAACAUGGCACGUAGGUCAGUAUUUGGAUCUUGCAGAGUGGACAGAAGUCGUUUGAAUUUACCAGUUAUUUUCGUUUCGUGAAUAAACCUUUCAUAAGAAGAAAGACGGGCAAGCAGAUGUAGUCUAAACAUCUCACCUAAACGACAGACAUCACAGUACAUGAUUUAGGACGAGGAUCUCAUUCUGGCUCAGGAUACCACUAGCAGCUGCUUCUGCCGUUGUUCAACACUGCUCUCGGCAUUCGUCCACUUGUAUGUGGGCAUCCUGAAAUAGUCGGGACUGGAAAGGGACAUCCGGUGAUUGACAUCAUGAGCACUGAUCAACGAUGAAAGGCAUCAAACAAUUCACUUGCCUGUACAUACAACCCCGUUAUUGGCUGUUUAACAUGGGUUGCUGAAGAUCAAUUCUAACCCGGAUCUUCCCGUGGGACAACUGCUGGUGGAGCGACAGGAUACUGAUAAACAUGGUCUCGAUCCACAAAACGUUCGUAGCGCUAUGACAUUCGUAAGCAUAUGAUAAACUAUAGAGUUACGACAGGUCGUAACGUUACGAACGCUUUGUGGAUAGGGACCCAAGGCCCUUAUUCUC